AUGACGAUAGAUCUUGGACCCAUUGAUCGUAGUGUAUUGACGGAACAAGUUAAACAUCGAUUUGAGUUACUAUGGAACCUUGGGGGACAGGAUCUUCCUGGCACAAUGGAUUGUCAAAGUCGCCAUGAAGAGUUGACACUUCGAGGUCCUAUGGUAGAUGAUUGUGUCCUUGCCAUUGUGACGUUGCUUAGUCUAGAGGGUCUACACUUGGUCCCAUCCAUACAGCUUGACCAUGCAUUGAUCACUAUAUUUGUAGAGCGAUGGCGCCCAGAGACCCAUACAUUCCACCUACCAUAUGGUGAGAUGACAAUCAUAUUGCAAGAUGUGGAAGUUAUCAUGGGGUUGCCCAUCGAGGGUGAGGCAAUGGUUGGGCCCACUAAAAGAACUUGGACAGAAGUGUGUGCUGAAAUGCUUGGAAUUCAAAUUCCAGAUGGCUAUCAAACUGUGCUAAAAGGUCAAAGGAUUCUGAUACCCGCACUUGUCAAUCGAAUCAGACGACCACUGCCUUCGGAUGCCAAUGAGAUUCAAGUUCAUCAGUACGCUCACUGCUAUAUACUAGCCCUACUAGGGGAUAUGGUAUUUCUUGACAGACAACUGUGCAAUGCAACCGACAAGAAGGCAAAGCAGAUUAGCGGACCAUUGAUUUUGGUCCAAUUGUGGAUAUAUGUCAAGUUCCCACAUAUGUCCCCACAGAUGGUGCCCCAACCCGAGGGUGUUUAUGGUCCACCACUACCACCAAUUCCUCUUGCUAUGAAGUGGGCAGGGGUGAUGUGUACAAAGAAUGCUCUCAUGCAUGUGCUUUCCGCAUAUCGCAAUCAAAUUGCCACGACAUGGCCCGACCAGGUUAAGUGGGAGCCAUAUGGAAAUGAUUUGAGCCACCUUCCUCCUAGUUUUCGCAUUGAGGGAAGUAAUGUGUGGAGGUUGACCAUUCCACUUAUAUGUUUUUGGCUUGUAGAGUUCCACCUACCCUAUCAUGUCCUUCGACAGUUUGGGCUAAAGCAGGAACAACCUAGAGAUGUUAAUACCAAUUGCGAUUUGCACAAAAUAGAUGCGAGGGGAAAGGUAGAGAAAAAUUGGUUGGUGGAACAUGCAGUCCAUAUUCAGAAGUGGAAUGAUCGUGAAGAGUACGUUUGUAAUGCACUCAGGAUGGAGGAGGUGAUGUCACGUCAUCAUCCAUAUAUGGUGUGGUAUCAUAGGAUCACUCGACUGUAUAUCGACCGCGCUAGUGCUAAGAUGAAAAUUUUGGUAAUUAAAGAAUCUUACGAAUACAAGUUCAUUAAAAGGGCCCUUGAGGAUGUGGAUGAGGUUGAUCGUAUCGAUGUGCCAGCCAAUGACGAAGCAGCAAACCAAACUGAAAUACCAGAUGUAGGGCCUAGUACAAGCUCAGCUGCUCUAGUAACACGUCAUCGACUUGCCCCCACCCCUCCUCCAGCCAUUGAGACCCCUGUUCCACCCGUGUCCAUCCUUCAGGACACAACCAGGCCUCCAAUGCCACCCAUCUCUCCCAUUGACAUUGGAUCUCCUUCACGGCAUGAGGAAAACAUAUUGGAUUACUUGCAGUUGUGA